AAGAAAUGUUCCAGAACAUUCAGUACCAAAAAGAGAUCAUCGCCAACAUUCGCUCCAGACCCUGGCCAAUGAGACGCAAGCUCAAAGUUUUAAAGUAUCCUUUGUUUAGCUGCUGGUUUUAUGUUUGCAACAUUUAUUCUUUCUUCUAGUCUUUUUCUUUCUGCAGCAAAAAGUGUCACACAUGUUGCACAAGAAGGUCCUCUCUCUGACUUUUAUAGUUUGUUUUAAAACAAAAAAAAGACAAUAUCCAUCUGAGAACAUAAACUUGAAUAACCAAAUCUUGUUCCUAAUCUAAAAAAACCUCAUGUAGUAUUUUAACUGCCCAACAUUUUCUUCUAUAACUAUUUAUUUUGUUAAUAUAGCAUGUUUUAUUAGCUUUAUUAUAGCAGUUUUUAUCUCUUAAUCACUUUAGCUACAGCAGCCAAUUUUACCAAAAUAACAAUAUUUUGACAUUUUAAUAUGGUCAGUGUAAUAAAAUGCAUAGACAGGCACAUUUAAAACAAGUAAGAAAUUACUGCAGUGUAUUUUAGUUUCUGUGUCCAUGGGUUUUAGAUAAAACCACGUACAACAGAUGUCCAAGGAAUCCAAAAAUACCUUAAAUGUUUAACUAAAGCUUUCAGGCUCUGUCGAACAAGCUCUUCCAAAAAGUGCUUGAAUAGAUAGAGAGCAUCUAAAAUAAGAUGUGCUGAGUAUGUGCCAUGGCUAACAGGUUUUAUAUGGGCAGUUUGUUAUUACUGCAGAGGUUUUAUUACCUUCAUCAGGGAUGGGUUGCAAGUCUGCGCUUUCCACUGAGGCAGAAUGACUGUGAUUACUUCUGCUGCAGCUGCAGCCAUAGACUGUACUUCACAUCUUACAUUGUUUUAUUCUAAAAUUACUACAAAAUCAGUUUAUAUUAACAGUUUAGUCUAAUUCCAUGUAUUUUUCUUUGACUGUAAUUUAAAACUGUUUACUAAACUUUGAUCAAACAAUGCAAGGAUGCACAUAGGAAAACACCUGUCUUGACUCACAUAUGAGUUUAAGUGACAUUCUAUUCCUAAUCCAUAUUGUUCAAUAUGGCGUUGGUCCACACUUUGCAGCUAGAACAGAUUAAUCUUUUCUGGGAAGGCUGUCCACAAGGUUUAGGAAUGUGUUUUUGGGUGGACAAGAAGGCUUGGCUCUCAGUCUCUGCUCUAAUUCGUCCCAAAGGUAUCAGGUUGAGGUCAGGACUGUGUGCAGGCCAGUCAAGUUCAUCCACACCAGACUCGGCUGUCCAUGUUUUUAUGGACUUUUCUUUGUGCUCUGGUGCACAGUCAAGUUGGAAGAGAAAAGGGACGCAUGAGAGAGCAUCCCAUUUUUUACAAAUGUUUGUAAACACAGUCUGCAUGCCUAGGUGCUUAAUUUUAUAUAUAUAUGUGUUUGUAGAAGUGAUUGAAACACCUGAUUCCGAUCACACUGGUGCAAAUAUAAGUUUUUGAUCAGAUCGCCAAUUAUUUAUUUUUUUAUGUGCUGUAGCCAGCAAAACAUAUUAAAGAAUAUACUUAUUAAACCUGAUUAGAAUCUGUAGUUUGUCAUUCGUGACAGAAUACGCCAUAGGUUAAUUGACAAAUUGGCAAAAGGAGUAUGAUGUUCACACCUGCCAAACUAAAUGGACCUGUUUAUCUUAGCAUGUGCUGUUUGCUUAGUUACUUAGUCGCUAAAUGAGAGAGCAGGGUUAGGGUUAGGGUAAUCUGGAGAUCUGGAGAAAAGAUGUGUUUUUGUCGUGGUCAUCAGAGAGGAAAACAUAGUUUUGUGAAAUCACUCCAGUUUUGGUUGUGCAGAAAAUGCCUCCAAAUAAGCUGCUGAAUAUUUAUUUUUGCUUUUCACUGCAGUAUCUCGUUCUUAAUAUUGUCUUCAAGUUGUACUUUGGGAGGUUUUUUCACUUUCUCCACUGUCUAUUUUACUUGUUGAGAUCAUAAGUUAUUUCUACAGAAUCAGGUUUCAACAGGGAAAGUCCACAAAUUCAUGCUUUGGUUUAGCACAGUUGAACUUCAUAAUAUGUCACUGUGAUUGUGUUAACAUCUGUGACUGUAGCAACCCAAGAAGUAAUUGACAACUGUGUCUUCACUUAGAGGUUUCUUUAGAUCUAGUGCAACACAGACAACCACAAGAAGUGCCCACUUAAACAUCUUUCACUUAUCUGUUUGCUUUUUUAGGCAGGCUCGAGAGAUUGUCCUAAAGUAUGAAGGCCAGCUGACAAGAACACGGGGUUAUCAGACCGCCGGAGCUGAUCUGCUGAAAAAACUUUACCGUGUGCUUUACAACAUUGUUGUUACAUUCAUUCCGUGGGAAGUGAGGAUCAAAAAAAUUGAAAGUCACUUUGGAUCAGGCGUGGCCUCCUAUUUUAUCUUUCUUCGCUGGUUGUUUGGGAUAAACAUCGUCCUCACCAUCAUGACAGGAUCUUUUGUGGUCCUACCAGAGCUGUUGGCUGGAGCUCCAUUUGGAACAACAAGAAGUAAAACUAUCCCCAAAGAGCAUCUUGCAUCAGCUCAAGACUUGGACACCAUCUGGUCUCUUGGGGGUUACCUGCAGUACUCUGUUUUAUUCUAUGGUUAUUAUGGCAGCGUGAGGAAGAUUGGCAGUGCUGGCUACCGGCUUCCACUUGCAUACUUCCUUGUUGGGAUGGCUGUUUUUGCCUACAGUUUCAUCAUCCUGUUACGCAAAAUGGCAAAGAACUCUCGUCUGAGUCUGGUCAGUGCUUCUGAUGAAAACUUCACAUUCUGUUGGAGAGUUUUCUGUGCCUGGGAUUACCUGAUUGGUAACCCGGAAGCUGCAGAGUGCAAAGGAGCUGCAAUCGUCAACAACAUCAGGGAAGCAAUUGUUGAAGAGCAAGAAAAGAAGAAGGAUACGAGCCUGGCAGUUCUCAUCAGUCUGCGUAUUUUAGCCAAUAUCCUGGUUUUGCUGUCACUAGCUGGGAGCAUCUACAUCAUCUAUUUUGUGGUGGACCGAUCCCAGAAACUGGAGCAGGAAAAGCCAGAGCUGACGUUGUGGGAGAAGAAUGAGGUGAGUGUGGUGGUCUCGCUCAUCACUAUGAUUGCCCCUUCUGCUUUUGAGCUGGUUGCCCAGCUGGAGAUGUACCACCCAAGAACCUCUCUGAGAUUCCAGCUGGCCAGAGUCCUUGUUCUAUAUCUGGGAAACCUCUACAGCCUCAUUAUUGCCCUCUUGGAUAAAGUCAACAGUAUGAGCUCUACUCCUCAUGAGAGUUCAAGUAACUGGACUAACACCAGCUCCACCAUAUCCAGUCUCUCUGCCCAAGUACCAAGGAUCUCUGUGUCUGAGCAUCGCAACAGUACUAUGGCAACCAUCAGCACAGCAAUCAACUUCGUCCACAACAGGAGCAGCUUAGUUAUUGCAUACAACCAGACAAUUCCUUUUGAGAAAAAUGCACGAUCUCAACAGGACCAGUGCUGGGAGACCUAUGUUGGACAGGAGAUGUUGAAGCUUUCUAUUAUUGACAUGAUCUUCACAGUGGCCAGCAUCUUGCUCAUUGACUUUAUCAGGGGCCUGGUGGUUCGCUAUCUGAGUGACUGCUGCUGCUGGGACUUAGAAAGCAAGUUUCCUGAAUAUGGAGAAUUUAAAAUAGCUGAAAAUGUCCUACACUUGAUUUACAACCAAGGAAUGAUCUGGAUGGGAGCCUUUUUCUCUCCAUGCCUUCCUGCCUUUAAUGUGUUGAAACUGAUUGGUCUCAUGUAUCUAAGGAGCUGGGCUGUCCUCACUUGUAAUGUUCCUCAUCAGCAGGUUUUCCGAGCUUCCAGAUCAAAUAAUUUCUACUUGGCUAUGCUACUUUUCAUGCUGUUCCUGUGUAUGCUCCCCACCAUCUUUGCCAUUGUGCGAUAUAGACCAUCGGAACACUGUGGACCAUUCAGUGGCCAGGAGAAGAUUUAUGACAUCAUCUCAGAUACAGUGGCAUCAGACUUCCCACUUUGGUUCAGUAAAGUGAUGAGUUAUGUCACCAGCCCUGUUGUGGUGCUGCCAGCAGUGCUACUGCUAUUUAUGCUGAUAUAUUAUCUUCAAGCCAUUGCCAGAUCCCUAAAAUUUACCAACAACCAACUGAGGAUUCAGCUCCAGACUGAGCGGACAGAGGACAAGAAAAAAGUGUUUCAGAUGGCUGCAGCAAGGCUGCAAACCCCAGAGGCCUCAGCUGACAAAAACCCAGAUCAGCAGGAAAGUGACAUCCCAAGCCAUGAAGCUUCCAUACAUACCUCAUCUUCCCAGCAAAAUGGCAGCGUUACAAACGUUCAGUCUCCUAUUAAUCAUAGUGACAGUAUCCGUACCAUCACCCAAUCAGCUUCAGGAGCUGACCUGAAUGAAGGACAUGUGUCUGAAUCUGUCAGAAGACCAGCUGUGAUCGUACUACCCAAACACCAAGUGGAACCCUUACCAAACAGUAGACCUCGACAUUUCAUUGGUGGCCAAAGUGGUUCCUGCAGAUCCAAGUCUUGCCACCACAUGGCAUAUAAUCCACCAUCUGGCCUUUCUAAUGCAAUCCACACUGACCCCUUGUACAGGAAAACCAUUCGUUCUCUACACCCUGUUGAGGCUGCUGGAAUCAUUGCUGCCCAAAAUUAUGGGGGGCGCCGUGGUCCCACUACCCGCUAUGUGAUUGUCAAUGAGCACAGGCCCCGUAGGAAGCUACUGUGCUCAGCCACACGAAUCCCAAGGCACUAUCUCAUGGAGGAGCCCACAGAGAUCCUAGAGCUAUACCCGCGCAACAUAAAACACUACACACCUCGCACCAAUCCCCAACAUCCCCCUCGCUCCCACACAUCACAGCAGCUCAGGAAAGAGGAGGAAGAAACUGGAAAAGACAGGAAAAGGACUUCUUUAGGCAAAAGCCUUCGACCUUGUUCAUUGCCUGACCACCACCAACAAGCGCACUUCUACAUUGGUGAAAGGUUAGAUAGUUUUAGAGAAAGUCAAAGAGCAAGGAAUGAGAUUCAAAAAGAUGAUGAAGAGGAAGCUGGUAAAGAAGGAGUUGACUGGGGAGAUUUCAACUUACCGUCUCCGUCUCAGGCCAGUAUAAAAGAAAAAGUAUGUUUUCACACACAAAGGCAUCCUGUCCAUUCUCCAAGGAGACAGCAUCAGUCCCCCACCAGAAGCAGACAUAUGGGGUCUCAAUUAAAGCCCAAGUUAAGGGGUCAGCUUGAAACUCAUCUAACUGAAUCUGACUCGGCCUCCAUAGCCUCCAGCAGUGACCAACAAAACAGCAGUACUGAUCAAUAUAUUCAGGUCAUCCACAGCAAAGAGCGCCAUCUAGGAUCUGAUGUCAGGCAAGAAAAGGUGUCCAAAAAGAAAACCAAGGCAAACUUUGAUAUAAACUACACAGAAUCAAAUGACUUGAUCUGUUCCAAUGUGUAACCCUUUUUUUCCACAUUUGUGUUUGUUAAUUAGUAUGUAUAUCCUUCAUGUUAAUCUGCAACUACAAAUGGUAAAAAAAUAUAUAAUUCUCCAUCGUUUGGUAUAAACAUGUAUGCACAUAAAAGGUAUGUAACAUACAAUUACAUGGGUUAUUACAACAAUGUGAAGUAACAGCUUUUUUUUAGCUUGCUCUAAAAAUAUUAAGUUUUGUUAAAUAUUACAACUGCUUUUUAUUGAGAAAAUAAAUAAAA